AUUCUCCUGAAACGCCCACACUCAAAUCACACACACAAACACACAUUUCAUAUUUUCAAAUUUCAAAAACCCUAAAAAAUGAGAGAAAUCCUCCACAUUCAAGGCGGCCAAUGCGGAAACCAAAUCGGAGCCAAGUUCUGGGAAGUCGUAUGUGCCGAACACGGUAUCGAUUCAACCGGCCGGUACAACGGCGAUCAGGACUUGCAACUAGAGCGCGUGAACGUGUACUAUAAUGAGGCGAGCUGUGGAAGGUUUGUUCCACGCGCUAUUUUGAUGGAUCUGGAGCCUGGGACUAUGGAUAGUGUUAGAUCCGGGCCGUACGGACAGAUAUUUAGGCCAGAUAAUUUUGUGUUUGGGCAAUCUGGUGCUGGAAAUAAUUGGGCUAAAGGUCAUUAUACUGAAGGGGCGGAGUUGAUUGAUUCUGUUUUGGAUGUUGUUAGAAAAGAAGCUGAGAAUUGUGAUUGCCUUCAAGGAUUUCAGGUAUGCCAUUCACUUGGAGGAGGUACAGGUUCUGGAAUGGGGACUUUGUUGAUCUCUAAGAUAAGGGAAGAGUAUCCAGACCGGAUGAUGCUUACUUUCUCCGUUUUCCCAUCGCCCAAAGUGUCAGACACAGUGGUUGAGCCCUACAAUGCAACCUUAUCGGUGCAUCAACUUGUCGAGAACGCAGAUGAAUGCAUGGUUCUUGACAAUGAGGCUCUCUAUGAUAUCUGUUUCCGAACACUUAAGCUCACCACUCCCAGCUUUGGAGAUUUAAAUCACUUAAUCUCUGCAACCAUGAGUGGUGUGACUUGCUGUCUUCGCUUCCCGGGUCAACUAAACUCUGAUCUUCGCAAGCUUGCGGUCAACUUAAUUCCGUUCCCACGACUCCAUUUCUUCAUGGUUGGGUUUGCACCCUUGACCUCUCGUGGGUCCCAACAAUACCGAGCCUUAACUGUUCCAGAGCUCACACAACAAAUGUGGGAUGCCAAGAACAUGAUGUGUGCUGCUGAUCCCCGCCAUGGUCGCUACCUAACUGCCUCAGCUAUGUUCCGAGGUAAAAUGAGCACAAAAGAGGUUGAUGAGCAGAUGAUCAAUGUUCAGAACAAGAACUCCUCAUACUUUGUUGAGUGGAUUCCUAACAAUGUGAAGUCAACAGUUUGUGACAUUCCUCCAACUGGUUUGAAAAUGGCUUCCACAUUUAUUGGGAACUCUACUUCCAUUCAGGAAAUGUUUAGGCGUGUGAGUGAGCAGUUUACUGCUAUGUUUAGAAGGAAGGCUUUCUUGCAUUGGUACACAGGUGAAGGAAUGGAUGAAAUGGAAUUCACAGAAGCUGAAAGUAACAUGAAUGAUCUUGUUUCUGAGUAUCAGCAAUACCAAGAUGCAACUGCUGACGAGGAGGGCGAGUAUGAGGAAGACGAGGAACAAUACGAGGAAGAAGCUUAAACUAAAUUGUCAUUUGGGUUUGUGUGUCUUAGGUUAAGUUUGUUUUAGUAAAUGUUUUGUUGGAUUUAUGGUGAAAGUAAUGACUUAAGUGUUGUCUCUUGAAUGUUGACAUUUGAGUUGGGUGUGUCUGGUAUGGUCUCUUAAUUACAAAUGCUAAUGAAUCAGUAUCUACUGUUUCUAAAGCAUUACAUUGUGUUAAUGCAGUUUGUUGAAACUACACUUUAUGUGUGAAUGAUUAUUUUUGUUACGAGUA